UAAGAUUUUUUUUUUUAAAUUCUAGUUUUCCACUCUCUACCGUACACAACCAGGUGGCCGCCCCCAUUCUUCACACUCUGUGUGUGCGCCGAGACAAGGAAACGGGAAAGAACAAUUCCGGCCACCAGAUUCCGGCCGUCUCCCGGCGUCUCUCCAUCUAAGCAACUUCUCAACUUUCCUCUUCGAUUCUCAAGAUAUGGACAAUGCAUCUGGCUCAUUUGCACAAACAGAGGAUCAGUUCUUUCUUCUCUACUUGAUAAUGGGUACUUACUUUGGACCUGAUCUUAAGGAAGAAGGGCCUAAGAAAUCUGCUUUGCGAAGGAUGUCUGAAGCCUGUGCACCAUAUACAUCUAAUCAACUAGCUGGCACAUGCAUUAGGACUGCUGAAAUAGAGAGACUUUAUUACUACAUCCUCAGAGGAGCAAAUCAGUCUGUCAUUCUGCCCCUACCUUUAUUUUACCAGUUCUUUCAUGGAAUUCUUCAUACGCCUGUACAUGGCUAUGCUGCAUCUUACCCCAAAUUCAGCGAUCUUUUCCCUCCUGGAUUGCAUCACCUUGUACGUGCUAAUAAUGGGUAUAAUGUUAUUGAAAAUAUUGUAUUUGUCAAUGAUCCUGACGUGAGCUACAUCACUCCCAAGUGCUUGGAAAGGUACAAAAGGCUUACAGGUCUACAGAGUUUUCUCUUGGAUAGAGAUUGUAUAUUGGGUCUUUUUGAGCUCGGAAACCUCCCACUUCAUGCCUUCGCCACGGGUCCUGUCAGUACUGAUAGACACUAUGGGACACCUGCUUAUAAUGGAUCACUUAGAGUUACACCUAACGAUAGUAGCAUGCAAUCCGCUCAUAAUGGGUCACUUAGAGGUACACCUUUUACAUGUACUGAUACUGCUCCAUUACCUUUAAAGACCAAUUCUGGUGACAUUGGCCAUGCUAUGCUCGUCCUACCAAAACAUCCUUCUGAGGAAGAUUGGAGUGACAUUGUUGCUGCCGCCAAGGGGGGAUAUGCAAUAACUGGAAGUGCAGCAAGUGGGCAAAUAGGAUCAGUUCUUGGACCCCUUGAUAUUGGAGAGUGUGAGGAUGCUUACUUAUUUCGUAUAUCGCUUCCUGGAGUAAAAAGAGAUGAAAGAGAAUUUAGCUGUGAAGUUGAGAAUGAUGGUAAGGUAAUAAUUAAGGGAGUGACUACCAGCGGUGAAAAAACUGUUCACAAGUACACCCAAGUAUUUGAGAUGCAAUCUCAGAACCUUUGCCCGUCUGGAUAUUUCUCUCUGUCGUUCAAACUGCCAGGUCCUGUGAAUCCUCAACAGUUUUCUGGUACAUUUGGUACGGAUGCUAUUCUCGAAGGAAUUGUUUUGAAGGCGGAACAGAACAAAAUGUAGGACCAGGUAACGGAACAGAACAAAAUGUAGGACCAGGGUCCAUGCCUGAAAUUCUCAAGUUUUUGGUGGUGUGCAAUAAUCUUAUUUAACAGCCCUUGCAAAUCAACAAGAUAAGUUUCUUUUUUAUUCCUCCAGCUUGAUAACCCCAAACUGUAUAGGCUGCACCUUUGAAUUUUUCCACCGCUCCUCCCCGCCAAGUAGCCAGCCGGCCCCCAUGCUCGCCGUAUCUUGCUGUGAAACUAAUAUGUUCUAAUACGCAUAGUGUAAGCUUCCCUCUCAACUUCAUUCAUAAUUUUUUGACUGUGUAAUAGAAGUGUUGAUGGAAU